CCGAUGGGCGAGAAGAGCGAUCACGUGCACAUCACAGCCAUCACCGAUGCUCUCGCCAUACCCAUCCGGAUCGUUUACCUUGACCGCAGUGCCGGGCAGGCAAACUUUCACGAAUUUCUGCCCGAGGAGAGUGUAAGGGCUACGCCUGCCAUGACACUGCUGUACAGACCGAGGCACUAUGACAUUCUGUACCCAAAACAGAAAUAAGAAUGCUGUAAUUAUCCUUUAU